GGAGUAUUCGAACGCAACCCUGAUCUUCAAGUUUCUCAAAAACACUGGUCUGAGGACAAAGAUUUAACAUGAAGAUUCAAUAAAUCAACAGUAGGUGGCGAUAAUGCUCCAAGUGGUUGCGACUCGCCAUUAAAGCAAAGAAGAAGAAGAAGAAGAACCAAGCCACGCCUUAUCGAACCAACUGGUUUAUGUCCGGACAACAACACACAUUCCCCGAAACACAGAGGAAAUUACUUUCAGACAUGUUAUUGCUGUACCUGACACUUUCCUGCGUCACGUUUGGAAGUUCAUUCGCUCAGUUGGAAAAUACAGAAAAGUGCUAUGGCAGCCUUUUAAAAAUGCCAUUUAUGUAUACACCACCUAUUUUCAAUGGACAGAUGUUCUUCACUCCGAGUAAUGGAGGAUCCCGCAAGCUAGUGAUGGAUAAGGGAGAGUCAAAGGACCCACGCCUCAAAAUUUACUUGACCUCAGUUCAAUUCACAGAUUUGACAGUAAGAGAUGAAGGAACUUUUUCUGUAUCAAAAGAUGGUAAUACCGAACAAGAUAUCAUUCAUCUGGAAGUUAUAGAUUGUAAUGACAAGGUAACAAAGUAUUACAGGGGAUCAUACUCCUUUAAUAUUCGUAGACAGGCCGAAUACCUGGAGUUCAUUCCCCUUCAAAGUGUAGACCUGCCAAAGGUCCUGUGGAAUCGCUCCGACCCUGCCACAAAUACGGGAGGAAGAGGGCAGCUGAAGCAUGGUACCUGGGAAAUGAAAAACCUUAAUCAGGAUGACAUGGGCCUCUACCACACCAUAGGAAAAGACAACGCUUUGCUGGGUUGGGUGUCGCUCGAAGUAAAAGCAACCAAGGAAAACUAUAAAAUAAAGGAGCAAGAGUCGCUACUCAUGCGUUAUCCUUUUUCUGACACCCCGUGGACUGUCACUUUUAAAGCUGAGGGGGAGAAGUACGAGGAAACAUUGUUGAAAGCAGGCAGACUGCACAGAGGGUAUCAAUCGGACUCAGGUCGUUGGACUUUACCAGAUAGGACUCAGCUUGAGACGUAUGGCAUAGAGAUUUCUUCUGUGGAAGUCUCUGACUCCGGCACUUUUAAGUUCAGAGACCAGGGUGGCCACCUGGCUAAGAUUGUGGAGCUGGUGGUAUACGGGGACCCAGAACAUACUUUUGUUUAUGUUGGUAUUGCUGUCGGAAUAUUAUUGGCGCUGUUAGUCUGCUGUUGCUGUGUGAGAAAGUGCUGCUGUCAAAAGAGCUCCUCUAAAGUGGUGGAGACGGCUCCUCCCACUGAAACUGUACCUGCAUCGUAUUACCCUGCUGUGAAUCAACCUGCUAGACCUGCUACCAAUUACCAAUAUCAGCCUUAUUCCCAGGCUCCCAGAGGACCUACAGCUGAGCCGUCGGUGAAUGUCCACGUGAACCCCCUUCAGCCUGAGGGUGCUCCUCUAGGAAGGCAAGAAGUCGAUGGAGCCUCCGCACCCGGCUCUAGUUUCCUGUCCUCAGAUCCUGGGCCCAGGUUUGAGAUGAAACUGACUUCCCCUCUCCCCCUCAGUGCAGAAUCAAAUUUCCCGCAUGUUUAUACCUCUGCUAAACUCAACUUUUUGUAAGAAGCCAAAUGAAAAUGUCCAGAGAUGCUGAGUUUUCAUUCAGCAUUGUGCUUUGUUACUAUCCUAAUUAGUUCUUUAUUAGGUCUGCAUAAUAGGUGUACAAGAUAAGGGACGUGUAUAAAGCAAGACAUCACACAUACACACUUUGUUGACACAUCACCUGAUUGUCGGAUAAAAACCAACAAAAACCUGCUGUAAACAAAGGGUUUUGAGACCAGUUCAAAAGAUAGAUAGAUAGAUAGAUAGAUAGGUACUUUAUUGAUCCCAAUUUUGGAAAUGUUUGCGUUGCAUCAACAUAAAAAA